UUUUUCCACCUGGCAACCUGUAUUCCACGGUUUGCAGCUGCUCUCUAUUUCUUUUCCUUUUUUUCCCCCUUUCAGCAUUUACAUUGUUUCCAUUCCAUUUCGAAUCAGCGUGUGAGUAUUAACAUUUGCUUGUUUCCGGAAGUCUGCCUUGUGUCAUGACGGAAUGGUUUCAGACUUCAGAGAAGAGAAAGUGAGCUGAAUCAUGCAAGAAUCCAGGUUCAGUAAGAUGGUGAGCUAACCGUGGAAGAACCAUGGACGCAACGUCAUCAGUCCACCUUGAUCCCCACAUCUCUGCUCACCGACCGAUGCAUCCUGCGAUGUCUGGGAAGCUAGCUAGGUCAACAACCAAUGCCAGGUGAUGGCUGACCAUGGAUCACCAUUGUUCGAUCCAGAACUAUAUAUAAAUUGACGACCAUGCAUAUCUCCCGAUUCUGCAUCACAAGUUCACAACAAAAUCAUACCUAAUAACCUACUAACCAAAGCUUACACCUUUGCCAUUGCAGUAAUCACCAGCCCACCAAUGGCUUCCACCUCGAGCCUCCCCGUAAUGGCCCUUGUCGUGGCACUCAUGCUAGUCCUAGGCAGCGGCACAUGCCACGCGGCUCGCCGGCUUGCCGACGCCACGGCGCCCUCCGCAGCACCGGCAGCUGCCAUCCCGGCCGUGCCGAAGCCGACGGUGCCGGCAGUUCCCACCGUGCCACAGAUCCCUGCCGUACCCGCGGUCACCGUGCCACCGAUUCCAGCGGUGCCGACCGUACCGGCGGUGACUGUGCCAACGGUGCCCACAGUGCCAGCCAUGCCGGGCGCCGCGCUUCCACCGGUUCCCGCCGUCGUCAUGCCUGCCGUGCCCAAGGUGUCAUUGCCGCCGAUGCCGGCGGUCCCUGGCAUCCCGAAGGUGACGCUGCCGCCGAUGGCGUCCAUGUCCAUCCCCGGCGUGCCAACAAUCCCGUUCCUCGCGCCACCUCCCAAGGCCUAAGCAAGCCAUGUAAUCAUGGACGUAUGCAGACAUCUUGCUCUUCAGUUCGGCACACAGGCCAGCCAGAUGGUUGUCUUAAGUUGUGAAUUGGUGUUCCUUUUUUGUGAUGGUUUCAUCCAUAUUCUUGUGUAAAGUUUGAAUGUUAAUUUUGUAAUUCUGUAUGUAUGCACAUAUUUGUGUAUAUGGUAUAUGUAUGAUUUUACCCUUUUUAACCAAUAUGAUUUAUUUUGACCUCUGA